AUGGCCGACCACCGCGGGUGGCAGCGUGUUACUUCCACGCUCAACCGCUUCCACUGCCACUGCCACUUCCCUUCACCUUCACCUUCACCACCCCCCAUUAUCUUCCACGAUCUUGUAGCUGCACCCACCUCAUCCUACUCAUCCUUCUCACCCAACCCGACUCUCUGGUUCACCCAGCCUAGCCUCAACGCUAGACGUCUCGGCUGGGACUUUCCUGUUUCACCUCGUCCCCCUUGGAGUUCGCGCUAUUUUGAUCCAAUGGCAAGCCUUGCGCUGGCCUGCCGCGUUGCGUUGUGUUGCAUCUUUCUUGCUGGUGGCCAGUCUGUACCACAACUCCCUCCCUCACACCACACCACUGCCCUUUUCUUUUUCUACUGCCCUCUUCGCCCCGUCGCCCUUUCACUUGAUUUGUUCUUCUUCAUCUAUUCCUCCUCCCAUCAUACCAUCACUACCACAUCCCACAAGCAAUGUACCUCUACCAAACGGGAUGACCAGCUCAACGAGCUACCCCGAACCACACCACACACCCAGACCACCACGACCACCACCCCGGCCACCGUCAUGACCGACACAGCGAAAACCCUCAUGAACGGAAUAUCCGGCGCCCUAGCCUCAGAAGGCGACAUGCUCCAAAUGGCCCUAGUAACCUUCAUCGGACUAUCCUGGUACAACAUCGCCGAACUAGUCGUCCUCGUCCCCUCAACCUUCCGACGCUGGCGCGGUCUCUACUUCUGGUCCCUGCUCGUAUCAGGGACAUUAGGCGUAGUCCCAUACUCAAUCGGAUUCCUGAUGAAAUUCUUCACCCGAGCCGACUCAGUACUCUCCGUCACCGUCCUCACAAUCGGCUGGUGGACAAUGGUAACAGGACAAUCCGUCGUGUUAUAUUCACGCCUCCACCUCGUCCUCCGCGACGAGCGACUCCUACGACGUAUAUGGUGGCUCAUCGUGGCGAAUUUCUUCCUCCUCCACGUUCCCACGACAGUCCUCACCUACGGCGCGAAUAUAGUCCACGUCGACAAAAUGUCCUGGGUAAACGGGUACAAUAUAAUGGAGAAGGUCCAAUUAACCGGCUUCACGAUGCAGGAGGGUCUCCUGUCAACGCUGUACGUGAUUGAGACGGUGAAAUUACUUCGUCUCGGCGUCGACGCGGCAACUCGGUCCGACAGUCGGUCGAUUAUGUACCAACUCAUCGGUAUCAAUUGUGCGAUCAUGGCGAUGGAUUUGGUGCUGCUUAGUCUUGAGUAUGCGAAUUUGUACGCGGUGCAGAUCACGCUUAAGGGGUUUAUUUAUUCGCUUAAGCUGAAGCUGGAAUUUGCAGUUUUGGGCAGAUUGGUCGAUUUGAUUCAGGGGUCUAGACAUCCGGUUUCGAUUGCUAUUGCGGAUACUUUUCCGCUUUGUUCGUUCACGAGGCAGACUGAGCAUGAGCAUGAGAAUGAGAGUGAGCCUGGUGGUGUUGGCGGGGGCGAGAGGCAGGUGGAUGGUGAAGCGCAGUGCGUGUCUGAGGCGAAGGAGAUUCUUGCUGCGCCGGAUCUUGCGAGGGUUGUUGGGGGGGAUGGGAAGGGGGAGAGGGUUUGUUGA